CCCCCCCCACGUCACCCACACUAUCAUUAAAAUGAUCGAAUAUUCUGGAAGUUUCACCAACCUCUGGGCCACAUUCAGACGACGGGAGACGCCGCUCCAGAGAAAACAGCUCCCCAGAAGAUCUAUCAACGCCUGGCGCCCAAAGUCUUGCCAGCAGAAAGGGACCUUCUAUGAGUUUGACAACGAUGAGGUCGUGCAAGAUAGCGCCUCGAUAAAGUCAGUUGAGGAACCAGGAAGUAAGAAGUCAAGCAUCGUUAAAGUAAAGUGCAAAAUCUGUGGGAUAUGUCGCCGGAAACCAUGGGAUCCGUUUUCUCUUGAGUGUGGUCACAUAUUUUGUCGGAGCUGCCUCGCCCACAUCCGUCCCCUGCUGUUGCAAGAAUUCCCCAUCCCCAUGCAAAACUACCGUGCCAACCUGAAGUGUCCAUUCCCUAACUGUACACAGACCAUUCCCUGUUUACCGCUCCUCAACGGGGAUUUCAGAUUUUCUAAAUUUUACCCGGAGGACAAAAAGUCAAUUCUAGAGAAGAACUCCUUGUGGGAAAGCGAGGAUAUGAAACGCUUUAAACUACAUAUUGACGUAGACAUGGCCUCCAAAUCUCACACAUACAUCUGAAAGUUUACCCGAGGAACCGGCCACGUCCAUGUAUUAUUCCACACACAUUAACAGCCCGAAAUUAAUAAACAACGGCCCCGCUUCCCUGUGUUUGGUGGUCGCUUUAUCUCCAACAUUGCUCCAACUUCUAGUGGAUAAAAUUUUGAACUGCUUGCUUAUUAUCCAACUCAUUCAUGUAAUUUUUAAAAAAUCAGUAUG